AUGUCGAACAGUGAAGCCAACCUUUUGUCAUCUAGUAGUUAUUACACUCACGAUCCACCGCCGAGAAGUAGAAGAUCGGUGGCGGGUAUGGAAAAAACUUCUUACAGGCCUCCAGAAUCGAGAACGAACGAACAUAGAAAAAGUUUUCACGACUUAAGAAGUGCCGCCAUGAUGGAAUCAUUUUUUCACGGGAGGCCAUUAAUGGAACAACGAAGAGCAUCAAAAGCCGGAUCACACAUUUCUUUAAACUACAGGAAAAUGCAUCCGAAUUCUUCGGUCGUGCCUGAAUUUAUAGGAAGGCCACAUUCCGCCAUGGGACACGUAAAUCCAGGAAUGUAUUACGGAGAAGGAAUUCGAGGUGGUAGCGGAAUCGGUGUCGUUGGUGGUGGCGGCGGUGGAGGUGGUGGUAUCGGUGGAAACGAAACGCCAUCGGGAAUAUUAGUGGAAAAUGAAGGACCCCUACAAUAUCCACAUUUUCAAGUGAAAAACGUUGACGUUGAAUCUAAAAAAGAAAAGGGACGUUAUUUGAUACAGGGAGUUUCACUCGAAGCUCGAGGAGGUGAAUUAUUAUCAGUUAUGAGCACUCAAACCGCGGAAGGAACUUUAUUACUUUCUGCUCUUUCCGGUGAAACGACGACAAAAUAUGGUAAAGUUAGCGGUGAAUUCAUAUUAAAUGGUAACCUAGUUGAAAGGAAAGAAUUAAAAAGACGUUCCGCGUUUGUUAAAACCGAUUGCGAUUGGGAUUCGGAUUUAACAGUUAAACAAACUUUGUACUUCCAAUACAGGCUGAGGAGGGUCAAGCAUAGGUUUGCGAAGUUACCCUUAGACGAUAAGAUUUCCAGUUUAAUUGAAGAUUUAGGUUUAGAUCAGGUUUCCGGUACAAAAUUAUCCGGUUUGACAAAAUCGGAAUUGAGACGGUUAAGUGUUGCCAUUUAUCUUCUGCUAGAUGUCGACAUAUUGUUUUUGGAUCAGCCAACCAAAGGAAUGGAUAUUUUCGAUACUUUUUUUUUAAUCGAAUAUUUACGACAAUGGUCAUUAAAUACAGGAAUGCCUGAAUUGACCGGAAGAGUCGUUAUAUUAACGCUACAACCUCCGACAUAUGAAAUUUUAACAAUGAUCUCAAGGGUACUCAUUAUAUCCAACGGUCACGUCAUGUAUUCGGGAAUGACGUCACUUCUGUUGCCUUAUUUUACAAGCGUCGAGUAUCCUUGUCCGCCUUUUAAAAAUCCAUCGGAUUAUUACCUCGAUUUGGUGACGCUUGAUGAUCUUUCGGCGGAAGCCAUGCUCGAAUCGUCACAAAGGAUGGCGCAAUUGGGUGAAUUACACAGGAGGCGACAACAACCGCUUUCCGACCCCGGACCACCUGCGCAUUUCCCACCCGAACUCGUUCAUUCUAAUUUUUUUACUCAGGCCAUAACGUUGUUUUUGAGAAGUUUUUUAUGGAGUCAACCAUCAUCUUUUGUACGACAUUUAUUUAGAAUUCUUCUCGCUGCCAUUUUAUCAUUUUUAGUGGGUGCUAUAUUUUGGGAUAUACCUGGAACGGACACUCAAUUGUUAUUGGGUGAUCGACUCGGAUUUCACUACACGGUUUUUUGCGUGACACUUUGGCCUUUGAUACUUUUAACGUCACUCAACACAGUGAGAAGAGAAAAAAAAUUUGUCUUUAACGAAAUAGAUGAAGGACUAUACGGAAGGAUAGUAUUUGUCCUAAUGAAGGUUAUAUGCGGUCUACCAGGUUCGCUACUCAUGUGGUUAUCCUACAUCGUACCUUCUUUCGUCAUGUCCGGACUUCACAAUCAGGGUACGAACGCGGAAAGUACGAAAACGUUUUAUUUGUACGUCGGACUCAGCAUUUUAUACCUUCACGCCCUUCAACUUCUUUCGAAUGGGAUAUCGUGGCUGUUCAAAAACACUUUUCUAGCAAUUUUAUUUAUAUUUUUAAUAUUUACAACAAUUUUCACGUUUUCCGGUUUUCCAAUACACAUAAAAGACACGGGAGACGUAGGUAACAGUUUAAAAAUGGCGUCUCCAACAUGGUGGUUAACGAGUACUUUACUUCAAAGAGAAUUAAGAUCGGAUGCGUUUAAAGAUCACAAUCACGUUUGUAAAAACAAACAGAAGCAAAGACCUGAAAUAAUAGUUCAAGUCGCUUGUCCGACUCCAAACGGAACAGCCGAAUUAGAAUAUUUAAACAUGUUACCGGAGGAGGAAACGGAAACGAGGAAAUCAACAACGAGAAUAUCAAAACCGGAACCGGAAACGAAAUACGGUGAAUCAUUUUUCAUAAUGGGAAUAUUUUGGAUCGUUUGUUUUUUCAUUUUACUCACGUCAUUUUCUCUAUCCACCAUAUUGCCGACGAGAGAUGAAAAAAAAAUUACGAGAUCAUCUAAUAAACCUUAA